UAAAAUAAAUAAACAAGAAUGAUAGAUUUCUUUUUUAUAUUUUUUUGAGUGAUUUUGUGAUCGAUAGAGCAAAAGGGAGCUAUGAAGGUUACCGAUCUUAGAGUUCUAAGGCCACUGGUUCACUUGCUAGUGCCUCUUUCCUUGCACUGGAUUGGCUAUGACAUGGCUUUGCCAGUGCUUGUUGAUGUCAUCACUGGAGCUCUCUGCCCUGGCCAGAAUUCUUGCCCGGAAGCCAUUUAUCUCACUGGUAUCCGCCAGACGAUCGUUGGGAUUUUCAAAAUUGUGGUGGAUAUUUUGUUGGGUCAGCUUGCAGAUGAAUAUGGGCGCAAACCUUUGCUUCUACUAACUCUAUCUGCACACGUAGUGCCAUUUGCGGUACUUGCAUGGGAUCAGUCCAGGCCAUUUGUUUAUGCUUAUUUCAUUCUUCACACAAUUACAAUGAUUAUUAGCCAAGGAAGCAUAUUUACCAUAGCUGUUGCUUAUGCUGCUGAUGUUGUGGAAACUAAUAAAAGAGCAGCAGCUUUUGGGUUAAUGACAGGACUUUUUUCUGCUACUCAUGUUCUAGCAAAUCUAUUGGCGCGUUUUCUCCCAGCGGAAUGGAUUUUUGGGGUUUCUAUAACUUUGUUGAUCUGCUGCGCAAUUUACGCUAAAAUAUUACUGCCUGAGACGCUAAGUGGAUCUCCAAGACCACAGCAUUUUGGUCCUUCAACUGUGUUUUUUAAGAUACUCCAGGAGAGAUGGUAUUCAAUGAAGGACACUCUAACUCUGAUCAGGAGUAGUGUAACACUGAGAGGCAUCACAUACAUUACAUUCUUCUACAAAUUGGGAAUGACAGGUAUCAGCAGUGUCUUGCUGUAUUACCUAAAGGCAGUUUUCGGUUUCAACAAAAACCAAUUCUCUGAAAUUCAAUUGGUGGUUGACAUAGGUUCCACAUUCUCCCAGGCUUUACUGUUCCCACUUAUCAAUCCUUUGGUUGGAGAAAAAUUGAUACUAUGCCUGGCUUUGCUGGCUUCCAUUGCUUACGCUUUGUUUUAUGGAUUAGCAUGGGCGCCUUGGGUUCCUUAUCUUAGUGCCUCAUUUGGAGUCAUAUACAUCCUUGAGAAAGCAUCUACUUAUGCAAUUAUUUCGAAAGCUUCAAGUUCGAAUAGUCAGGGAAAAGUACAAGGCUUUUUUGCAGGUGUUGAUGCGUUGGCCACCUUUUUAUCACCACUUGUAAUGAGCCCACUCACAUCCGUCUUUAUUUCAAGCGAGGCACCUUUCAACUGCAAAGGCUUCAGCAUAUUAUUAGCUUCUGUUUCUUUGAUGAUCGCUUUGGGACAUGCUUUCUUGCUGAAUUCUGAAGAUAAUGAGAGAAAUGGUGAAAAUGGAGAUGCCACGGAUGAAUCCCUUGAGGCACCACUGGUCACCCCACAACAAAUUCUUGAUAUUGAGUCUUACCCAUCCUCAAGAAAAAUGGCAGCUAUGAAGGUCACCGAUCUUAGAGUUCUAAGGCCAUUGGUUCACUUGCUAGUCCCCCUUUCCAUGCACUGGAUUGCCUAUGAGAUGACUGUGCCAGUCCUUGUCGAUGUCAUCACUGGAGCUCUCUGCCCCGGCCAGAAGUCUUGCCCGGAAGCCAUCUAUCUCACCGGUGUCCGGCAGACGAUUGUUGGGAUUUUCAAAAUUGUGGUGGAUAUUUUGUUGGGUCAGCUUGCAGAUGAAUAUGGGCGCAAACCUUUGCUUCUACUAACUCUACCUGCAUCCAUAGUACCAUUUGCGGUACUGGCAUGGGAUCAGUCCAGGCCAUUUGUUUAUGCUUAUUUCAUUCUUCACACGAUUUCAAUGAUCAUUAGCCAAGGAAGUAUAUUUUCAAUAGCUGUUGCUUAUGCUGCUGAUGUUGUGGAACGCAGUCAAAGAGCAGCUGCAUUUGGAUUAAUAACAGGACUGUUUUCUGCUGCUCAUGUUUUAGGAAAUGCAUUAGCGCGGUUUCUCCCAGUAGAAUGGAUUUUCGAGGUUUCUAUAACUUUGUUGAUCUGCUGUGCAAUUUAUGUUAAAGUGUUGCUGCCCGAGACACUAAAAGGAUCUCCAAGACCACAGCAGCUUGGGCCUUCUUCAACUAUGCUUUUUAAAAUUCUCCAGGAGAGAUGGUACUCAAUGAAGGAUACUGUAACUCUGAUCACCAGUAGUGGAACACUGAGAAGUAUCACAUACAUUACAUUCUUCUACAAAUUGGGAAUGACAGGUAUCGGCAGUGUCUUGCUGUAUUACCUUAAGACAGUCUUUGGUUUCAACAAAAACCAAUUCUCUGAAAUUCUCUUGGUGGUCGGCAUAGGGUCCACAUUCUCCCAGGCUCUACUUUUCCCACUUAUCAAUCCUUUAGUUGGAGAAAGAGUGAUACUAUGCUUGGCUUUGCUAGCUUCCAUUGUUUAUGCUUUGUUUUAUGGAUUAGCAUGGGCACCUUGGGUUCCUUACCUAAGUGCCUCAUUUGGAGCCAUAUACAUCCUUGAGAAAGCAUCUACUUAUGCAAUUAUUUCAAAGGCGUCAAGCUUGCGUGAUCAGGGAAAGGUUCAAGGCUUUUUUGCAGGUAUUAGAGCAAUUGCCAGCUUGUUAUCACCACUUGUAAUGAGCCCACUGACAUCCUUCUUUCUUUCAAGCAAAGCACCUUUCAAUUGCAAAGGCUUCAGCAUAUUAUUAGCUUCUGUUUCUAUGAUGAUUGCUUUGGGGCAUGCUUUGCUGCUGAAUUCCGAAGAUAAUGAAAGAAAUUGUGACAAUGGAAAUGCCAUAGAUGAAUCCAUUGAGGCACCCCUCAUCAUCUCACAGUCCUGAUCACCAUCCCAGGACUCCCAGCGGACUUAUUUGAUGUAAAUUCUUUAGUUAGUGCCGGCCCUCUUACUUUUGCAAAAUAUAAUGUGAAACAAUGAUGAAUGAUUAUUAGAAAUGCCUCAUUAAUAAUGAUUGUCAUGUACCUGCUCCCCAUUGUUAUUCCA